AGCGGAGGACAUAAAAGCAUGCUUUGAAGACGCUCCAUUUACUUCUCCACCAACAUCCAUCAUCUCAAACCUAGCACAAUCCAGAACAAAACUUCAUCAACAGACCCUAUCACCCAUCCAUCCCCAAAAUGUCCACCGCAACAACAACCACCCGCGCCCCAACAACCUCCUCAUCCACCCGCCAGGACCGCCAGGACCACCAAGCCCUCGCAGGCCCCCAAACCACCGACCCCAAAUCCGACACCGAAGAAUCCCUCCCGCCAGUCACGCCUUCGCGCGGCCGUGUCGGUCGCCGCAUGGUACCUGUGCACGCGUCGCGCCUGGGCGAGCGCAAGGGUGAGAUCGGGGAGAACGUCAAUAGUAGUUUGAAGAUUAAGAUUGAUCUUGACUUGGAGGUUGAGGUGGAGAUUUAUGCGCGUGUUAAGGGGGAUGUGACGAUUGGGUUGUUGUGAGAGAUGAGAGAGAACUUGGGGGUGGGAUGUGGUUUUGGGGGUGGUUGGGACUGCGGGGAUGGUGGUGGGAGGAGGUGGUGAGAAUGAGUUGGUAAGGGGUGGUGAGAAUGAGUUGGUAAGGGGUGGUAGAUAUUGAUUGCUGUGAAUGGAGCUGUUGCGUUGUGUGGUGUUGUGCUGGGUGAUUUGCUGUGCUC